AUGUCACGUCUGGGGUUGGCCGGGUCGUGGACAUCGCUGCUCAAGGACCCCAUCGAGCGGCGCAAACUCAUCUACUCGUGCGGCGCGAUGGUGGCUCAGCAAAUCAACGGCAUCCAAUUCUUCUACUCGUACGGCGUGGUCUUUGCGCAAUCCAUCGGCAUCAAACAGGCCUUCACCAUCUCCCUGAUCACCAACACGCUCCAAGUCGUGGCCGUGGGCGUGUCCCCCCGCCGCGCCAACCUGCUCGUCACCAAGGUCAUGAUGCUCCUCGCGUACAUCAUUAUCGGCGGUCUGGGCGCCGGUCCCUACACCCGUACCAGCUACAGCACGGCCAUCGUGGUCAUUUUCUACGUGAUCAUCGUGGCGUUCAACUUCGGCCACGGGCCCCUCGCAUUCACCAUCGCCUCGGAAAUGGCCGUCGGGCGCAACCGCAACAAGAUCAUGAGUUCGGCCAUCGUGGCCUUCUUCAACACCGUGUGGGUCGUCGCCUUUACGAGCCCGUACAUCUACUACGACGGCGGGCUGGGCCCGAUGCUGGGUUUCGUGUAUGCGGGCACCACGUGCGUCACGUUGGCGUAUGUCUGGUUCUGCGUCGGCGAGACGACCCACCGCAGCCACUUGGAGCUGGAGCUGUUCUUUCAGGAUCGCGUCCCCGUGCAGAAGUGGCGGGACCAUCGGUUCAGCGAGCGAGAGGCCGGUGUCGUAGGCGUCUUCGAGGAUGUGGGAAGAGACGGGGCAGGCGUGCAGCUGCUGACCGAGGAGGAGAGGACGGCGCUGAGAUCCGAGAAAGAGACCGAACGCGUCAGCCAGAGAAGCCCGCUCGGUAGCGACGAGAUUGGUACCCAAGGGAAGGAGACGGUAUGA